AGGCCGGCCGCUCGCGGGUGCGGGCUCCCGAGCAUCGCCUCCGCCUCCGGUGGUGCAUAAGAGAUCGGGCGGGAGGCCAGGCAGCAGGUGAUGCGGCGCCUCUGAGGCCGUUAAAGGGAAUGAUGAACACCUUUCUUUCCCCAGCGGGUGUUUCUCGUCCGCGCGGGUUCAGCUAAGGCGCCGAGGGACGACGGCGACCGUGGGAGGGGGACAAUCCCCGAUGCUCUUCACCGUGCAGUGACGGCGGACUUGGUUAGGUUGCAAACAGCGGUGCGGAAUCGUUUGCCUGCUUUGAGUUUUGGCGCAGAUCCCGGUGUUCCUGGGGCCAGCAGGCGUCCUGGUGCUUUAUACUCAUUCCCAGGAAUCCGCAGAGCUCUGACAGUUGGCCCUCGUACCCUCGAGAGGUCUCGGGACUUGCACAAAGACUUGGAACCGACGCACUUUGUGGUCUGGGCUCCACAUCAGGAAACGGACAGACUUGGGCCCGGUUGGUAUUGCAAUUGUCUGUGAAUCACCUUAAUCCAGUGCUUUUGGCCAGGCACCUGGUGGAUUGAUCCUGUGGGAUGGCAGCUGUCAAUCCGUGGGCCUCCUGGGGUAUCCUUACGGACCAGUCCUGGGGAAUGGCGGCUGUUGACCCGUGGACCUCCUGGGCUCUGUGUCCUCAGGACUCUGCCUGGCCUGUGGAAGAGAGCCCCAAGGAGGAGAGGAGGGUCACUGGGCUCCCGACAGCCCAGGUCCAGGAACCAGUGACUUUCAAGGAUGUGGCUGUGGACUUCACCCAAGAGGAGUGGGGGCAGUUGGACCCUAUUCAGAGGACCCUGUACCGUGACGUGAUGCUGGAGACCUAUGGGCAUCUGCUCUCUGUGGGGAAUCAGAUUGCCAAGCCGGAGGUCAUCUCUCUGUUGGAGCAAGGAGAAGAACCAUGGUCAGUGGAACAAGCAUAUCCUCAAAGCACUUGUCCAGAGUGGAUGAGAAAUCUUGAAAGCAAAGCAUUGAUCCCAACACAAAGCAUUUUUGAGGAAGAACAAUCUCAUAGCAUGAAGCUGGAAAGAUACAUAUGGGAUGAUCCUUGGUUCUCCAGGUUAGAAGUCUUGGGAUGUAAAGACCAGUUGGAAAUGUAUCACAUGAACCAGAGUACAGCUAUGAGGCAAAUGGUCUUCAUGCAAAAGCAAGUACUAUCUCAAAGAGGUUCAGAAUUCUGUGAACUUGGAGCAGAGUGUAGCCAGAGCUUAAACUUUGUUCCAUCUCAGAGAGUUUCUCAAAUAGAACAUUUCUAUAAGCCUGAUACAAAUGCUGAAAGCUGGCGGUGUAACUCAGCCAUAAUGUAUGCAGAUAAGAUUACCUGUGGAAAUCAUGAUUAUGACAAAACUUUCUACCAGUCCAUACAACCUAAUCAGCCUGAAAGGAUGCAAACUGGAGAUAAUCUUCUUAAAUGUACUGAUGCUGUGAAAUCUUUCAAUCAUAUACUACAUUUUGGUGAUCAUAAGGGAAUGCAUACAGGAGAAAAACUCUAUGAAUAUAAGGAAUGCCAUCAAAUCUUUAACCAGAGCCCAUCAUUUAAUGAACACCCACGACUUCAUAUUGGAGAAAACCAGUAUGAUUACAAAGAAUAUGAGAAUAUCUUUUAUUUUUCAUCAUUUAUGGAGCAUCAAAAAAUUGGUACUGUAGAGAAAGCAUAUAAAUACAAUGAAUGGGAGAAAGUCUUUGGGUAUGACUCAUUCCUUACUCAACAUACAAGCACAUACACCUCAGAGAAACCCUAUGAAUAUAAUGAAUGUGGAACAUCUUUCAUCUGGAGCUCUUACCUUAUCCAGCAUAAGAAAACUCAUACUGGAGAGAAACCCUAUGAAUGUGAUAAAUGUGGAAAAGUAUUUAGGAAUCGUUCGGCCCUUACUAAACAUGAACGGACUCACACUGGAAUAAAGCCCUAUGAAUGUAAUAAAUGUGGAAAAGCCUUCAGCUGGAAUUCUCAUCUUAUUGUACAUAAGAGAAUUCAUACAGGAGAGAAACCUUAUGUAUGUAAUGAAUGUGGGAAAUCUUUCAACUGGAACUCCCAUCUUAUUGGACAUCAGAGAACUCAUACCGGAGAGAAACCCUUUGAAUGUACUGAAUGUGGGAAAUCUUUCAGCUGGAGCUCCCAUCUUAUUGCUCACAUGAGAAUGCAUACUGGAGAGAAGCCCUUUAAAUGUGAUGAAUGUGAAAAAGCUUUCAGGGAUUACUCAGCCCUUAGUAAACACGAAAGAACUCACUCUGGAGCAAAACCAUAUAAAUGUACUGAAUGUGGAAAAUCCUUCAGCUGGAGCUCCCAUCUUAUUGCCCAUCAGAGAACUCACACAGGAGAGAAACCCUAUAACUGUCAGGAAUGUGGCAAAGCAUUCAGAGAACGCUCAGCCCUCACUAAACAUGAAAUAAUUCAUUCUGGAAUCAAGCCUUAUGAAUGUAAUAAAUGUGGGAAGUCCUGCAGCCAGAUGGCUCACCUUGUUAGACAUCAAAGGACUCAUACUGGAGAAAAGCCCUAUGAGUGUAAUAAAUGUGGAAAAUCCUUCAGUCAGAGCUGUCACCUUGUUGCUCAUCGGAGAAUUCACACUGGCUACUGCCUUGCCUUGAUUCCACUCCUCAGGAUGUCUGGACCAGAAGUUGGGUUACAGCAGCUGUGGGCACACUGUUCUAAGGCAAAGGAAGAGAAGAAACAAGUGCAAACUCCAGAAGUUCCUUUUGUUUUUUUAUUACAGCUGAGCUAUACCGUCUCCUGCUCCAGCCAGCCAGCCCAGCAUACUAGUUCAAAUCAGGAAGAGAAGCCUGGGGGCUACUGGAGGCUUGGACCAACGUGGUGCGGAGGAUGUGGAGAGAAGUGAUGAAACACUUCAACCUGCAGUUUCAGACAAGGACCGCAAAGCAAGAUAAACACACACCAACCACAUCCUAGCGAAAGUACUGACAGGCCAAGAGAAGCUUAAAAGCAGCAAAAGGUCACGGCCAUGGCAGAGAAGCUUGGAUCCGACUUACAUUACUGGCAGCAAUAACUGGAACUCCCAACCUUAAGGAAAACGCCAAGGCAACCGGGGGACGAUGGGAGCAGGGAGAAGCCCUAGCGGCCCUGUCCCCGCAAGAAGAGAACCCGCCCAGACGAACUCCGCCUCUGGGCACGGGCACGGAGGAGCAGCAGUCUUCCUGGCCGAGUAGGCCGAAGACGGAGCCAGGGGUCGCCAUAGCUGGAAACCGAGGGAGCCCCAGGGGAGACAACCCCAACUGCACGCACGUUGCCCUCACACCAGGCGCCGGCAGCGGAACCUCCUGGCCAGACCUGCAGCACCCCGUCCCGCCCCGGUCUCCGGCGUACCCUGCCCCUGCCUCCUGGCCGCUCCCGGAACCACUCCGGCCUUUGCCGCCUCCAGACGUUGCCCUCGGUGGUCCCGCCGCCCCGCUCGGCCUCGAGAGGGAUUCGGGCGCCCGACCACUGUCAGCCUGGAGGCACGGAGCGCAGCACAGGCGAAGGUUACCUAGCACACUCGGCCGGGUUGCGCGGCCUUCUGGGACUUGUAGUCCACCUGCCCUGGAGGCUCAGACUACAAUGCCCGGAAGGCAUCGCGCCGCGCUCCGCCCAAUGGAAACGCUCGGUGAACCGCCUUCUCCCCUUUCGGGGCCCACCUCCUCGCCCAGCCCGCCUCUUUCUGCUGUUGGCCCCUUGAGCGGCGGCAGUGGUCCUGAAGCUGCGUGAACGUCCUCUGGCUCUCGGCCCGGCUCAAAGUUCCCAAAGCAGGUCCUCCACGUCCCUGGGAGGAUACGACGUGGGUCGCUGCACCCGGGCUAACCUGUGGGCAGCUUGCAAAUAUUGGAACAAUCGUUCUGCUAAUACGCCCACCGCAGAUGGGAUGUAUGAAGAGGAAUCCCAUUUUGCAAAUAUACAAAAAUUUUAAUGUUGAGGGGAAAAUGAAAAGAACCGAAUCCUAUGGCAAUACAUUUACACACAUUUUCAAGAGACAUAAAUGCAAAUGUGAAUAAUUAAAAGAUACAAUCUAAGUGGUUCCUGCUUGAGUAGACUCGGUAAUGUAGAAAUGUGUUUCCUAAAUUAAUCAACAAACUUAAGAACAUCCAAACUGAUUAUCCAAAAUUAUAGCUUUUAAAAAUACAUAAGCUAUCAAGCCAUGAAAAAAACUUGGAAGAACCUCAAAUACAUAUUACUAAGUGAAAGAAGCCAUUCUGAAAAGGCUUCAUAUGUGAUUCUAGCUAUAUGACAUUCUGGAAAAGGCAAAAUUAUGGAAACAGUAAAAAGAUUGGUGAUUGCCAGGGUAGAGGGAGAGAUGAAUAGGUGGAGUAUAAAGGAUUUUUAGAGUAGAGCAGUUAUGUUGUAUAAUAAUAAAAAGUUGGAUACAUGUCACGAUACAUUUGUCAAAACCCAUUGAAUUAUAAUACCAGAAGUCAAGUGCACCGCCAUGAGGGGCAGCAAAAUAGGGACACCUACAGAGCGGGCUCAACCAAGCAGGUGGGGAGCAGAAGGUGAGUAUCCAUGGGCAAGUCCUUUUAUCGAGGGUCAGGAUGGAGUACACAGGAAUAGGCGGGAGAGGAUAUCGUUGCUACAUUUGAAUGUUGAAGGGAAGGGCAGAAGGGAGCUUGUGGCCAGAACUAGCCUUAUCACCUAGGUAACCUGGUCACCUGGGUGGGGUGCUCACAGCCUGUUUGCAUGGAUAUGGAGGCAGCAGGAAAAUGUAGUUUUAAAAUUUACAAUACAACAAAAUGAGUAAAGGAGGUAAAAAGGUACAAACUUCCAGUUAUAAAAUAAAUAAGUCAUGGGGAUGUAAUGUACAGCAUAGUGACUAAAGUUAAUAAUAUUAUAUUGCAUAUUUAAUGCUAUAGUUGCUAUGAAAGUAGACCUUAAAAGUUCCAAUCUCGGGGCGCCUGGGUGGCUCAAUUGGUUAAGCGGCCAACUUUGGCUUAGGUCAUGAUCUCACAGCUCGAAGGCUCGUGAGUUCAAGCCCUGCGUCGGGCUCUGUGCUAACAGCUCAGAGCCUGGAGCCUGUUUCCGAUUCUGUGUCUCCCUCUCUCUGACCCUCCCCCGUUCAUGCUCUGUCUCUCUCUGUCUCAAAAAUAAAUAAACAUUAAAAAAAUAAAAAGUUCCAAUCUCAAAAAAGUUUUGUAACUGUAUGGUGAUAGAGGUUAGCUAGACUUAUUGUGAUCAUUUUGCAGUGUGUACAAAUAUCAAGUCAUGGUUGUACACCAGAAACUAAUAUGAUGUUUUGUCAAUUAGAACUCAAAAAACUACGAUACAAUCUACUUUGUGGUGUCUCAACAUCAUUAACAAUACUGAUUGGGAUGGAUAACACUUGCCACCCAGGUUGUGACGAUGUGAAAGAUGACUGGUAUUGCCUGACUAGCCACCAAAGGCAAACUUUGAUAAAGGUGACAACUAGGAAGAGUCCUAUUAGGCAUGUGAGGGGGGUGUGGGACCCAGUUCUCAACCAGGGAUCCCACUUGGUGGGAGAAAGUCAAGAGAACAGGUUGGGCACUCUAGAUUUAAGGGAA